ACUGCGAAAAGAAGUCCAGCAUGAGAGAGGAGGAAGUGUUGCUGAUAAACGGCGUACCGAUCCCCCUCGAGGGCCCGGAUGGCGUUGCCAUCCGCGACGCCAUGAUAACCGGCCAGGUGCCACCGUGCGAUCUGCUCAAUCAGAUCCUCGUCAAGGCUGGAAUACUAAGGGCCCCGGUACGACUCGAGACAUCCUUGAGCGUAAAGUCGUCCAUCGUGACGAAGGAGGAGGUGACCGUGGCGCGGGGCGGAAAGGUCGUGGACGAGAGGAGCCGCGAGACGAAGGAAAACAAUUACUACGCCUCGACGACCAGCGAGAUAUGGGAGCCUGUGGGAAUCGUGCAUCGACCGCGGAACAUCAAGCCGUUCGACAGCUCGGACGAGUCCAGGCCGAAUUCGAACGCCAGCUCCGAUCAGGGUUACACCACCAACACCAGCAGUAAUCACGUGCUCAGGGAAGCGAGCGGUUCUUCCACGGUAGGCUGCCCGAUCUGCGAAGAUAACGAUCCCGAUUGCGCGCGUAGGUGUCUCGGAGGACUCACCGGGCUGGGAACCAAGGUGCCUCCUGUGCAGACGACCAACUCGGCGCCAACCAUUUUCGGCACUGUGGCCUCGGACCUGAACCCAAAGGAUGGCAACAGUCGAAGGAGCUUGCCACAAACACCAGCUGGCGGUGUCGGUGGAAAAGGAAGCGGAAGUGCUGGCGCCGGUUCUGGUAUGGUCAAUGGUUCCGGUGCCGAUCAUCAAGAUAUUCGUGACGGUGCUGCUAUUAACACGGAACACGCACUGGUCUAUCGAGACGGGAACCUGGUGUCGGGCUCGCUGGAAGCCCUGGUGCAGCAUAUGGUGCCCACCGAAGAAUAUUAUCCCGAUCGGGCGUACCUCUUCGCCUUUUUGCUGAGCGCCAGGCUCUUCAUCAAGCCGCACGAGCUCCUGGGCGAGGUCUGCGCCCUCUGCGAACAUCAGCAAAACCUGAAUGGAGAGGGUGGCAAGGAACGUCUGCAACGCUUCGUGCCGCGACUGGUGCAGCUGCUAGCCGAAUGGACGGAAACAUUCCCGUACGACUUCCGGGACGAGAGGGUGAUGGGCCACGUCAAGUCCAUCACGCAGAAGGUCGCUGCGGUCGACGGUGCGGCCAGGCAGGAAGUUUCGGCAUUGCUGCAAAACUUGCUGCUCAGACUGACGGCCCUGGAGAGGUACGAGGAGGGUCUGGCCAGACUGGCGACCGAGGCAACGACAGAACAGCUCUCACAGGUGGACAUCACCGAGCUGUGUCCGUCGGCCACGGUCCUGGCACAGCAAUUGACCCACGUGGAACUCGAGAGGCUCUCCUACAUCGGCCCCGAAGAAUUCGUCCAAGCCUUCGCCAAGCAGGAAUCACCUCAUCUGGAAACAUCGUUUAAGGACAUGAAGAAAACGCGCAAUCUCGAAUCGUACGUGCAGUGGUUUAAUAGACUGAGUUACUUCGUCGCGACUGAAGUGUGCAAGCAUGCAAAAAAGAAACAACGCGUUCGCGUGGUUGAAUAUUGGAUCGAAACCGCCCGUGAGUGCUUUAACAUCGGCAAUUUCAACUCCCUGAUGGCGAUCAUCGCUGGCCUGAACAUGUCUCCGAUAUCUCGUCUGAAGAAAACGUGGUCAAAGGUGCAGCUGGCGAAAUUCUCGAUCCUCGAGCAUCAAAUGGAUCCUAGCAGCAACUUCAGCAGCUAUCGCAGCACCCUAAAAGCGGCCAUGUGGCGUAGCGCCGGCGCUACGGACGAGCGACAGAGGAUCGUCGUGCCGUUCUUCAGCUUGCUGGUCAAGGAUCUCUACUUCCUGAACGAGGGAUGCAGCAACAAAUUACCAAACGGACAUAUUAAUUUCGAAAAAUUCUGGCAGCUGGCUAAGCAAGUGACGGAAUUCAUUGCAUGGAAACAGGUUGCUUGCCCCUUCGAGAAGAAUCCGCGUGUCAUUGCUUUCCUUCAGGCGAGCCCGGUGCUGACUGAAAAUGCUUUAGCUCUGGCGUCUUUCGAGUGCGAACCACCAGACAACAAUUCAGACAAAGAACGUUAUAAAGCAUUAAAGUCUGAACUGAGUGCUCAGUGAAAAAAAGCAACCAUGCACCGCGUCGAAUGGGAGCGAUACUGAGCUAGACGCACUCUUGAAAACUUCGUUCCAAACAUUUAACCACCGACCAGAAUCUCUCCUGCGAGAAGGCAAAUGAAGAAUGGGAAACAUCCAGUCACGAAAACGAUAGAGAGAGGGAAGAUCAUUCUAAUCGAGAGACCUGCACGAUCACAGAAACACACGAAGGGUAGAAGGAAUCCAGGAUACAGCGAUUUGCUCGCGAUCGACACACGAGAGGAAGGAAGAAAAUGAUUCAUCGUAGUGAUCUCGCGUCGUUUAAGGACAUCGUUUAGGUAUACUAGAAAGACCGGUGCAAUCGACUUUGCCUCGAAUCGUUAUUCGUCUUGCCUCCAUCCCCGUCGAGCUGCAUUCGAACAAACCACCAACACUGUACGACACUUUCCACACACCUGCUACCUAUUCCGUUCCAGCGAAUUUCCGAAUUAAGUCCUUCUCCCAUCCUCCAAUCCACUCCUGAUACUUUGCACUUUGGACCCCAGGAGAGUCUCUUCCGAGAGCCAAGACGCGACGUUAGAAAACUCCACUAAGAGCCAGAACAAGUGUCACGGAACUCUUCUAAGAGCCGGAACAAGUGUCGGAGAACUCUUCUAAGAGCCAAGUCGCCGUGUCAGGAAGCCCUCGAAGCCACCUGAGACCCUAAAAUUCGAACAGAGAUACCGAGGAGUUCGAUUGCACCGGUCCACGUCGUGGAUGGAUCGAAGACUCCUGGCAGACGCCAGAGGUCUCGUUGAUCCGUUGGCACGAGCAUGAAAAAAAAAGAAAAAAAAAAAUUCACUGAACAGUAUCGCGUAGCAGUAAGUAUAGUUCC